AUGCCUGAGGAAUACUUCGUUGAAUUGAGCCAGUUCAAAGAGGACAACCCUGGAGUUACUAUCAAGCAGGAGGACAUUGUGAAGGAAGAGAUUGACGGCAAGAUCAUUGAAGGAAUCAAUGUCAGAACAGGAAGAAAGGGAUACUUCAAACGGACACAGGCAGUUGAUAAAACUGUCAACAGAAAUGUGGAGCUGUAUUCAAGGGAGAUGGAAGUUAGUGAAGACGCGGCAUCAUCAUGGCAUUCAGCGGCUUUGAAGCAGACCAUGCCAACACAUCGUGAGGCACUGGAGAUUUCAGACUUGCCUCUCUGGCAUUUCUUCACCAAGCCAUCACCGGCCGUGCAACACCAACCUCAGAAGUCCUUGACUGAUGUACAGGCUCCCACCACUGUAAGUGAUCAGGUGAAGGAUGAGCUGCUGGAAGCAGUAAAAGAGGAGUCAGACGAAGACAAAGAUGAUGGCACUGCACAACACCGCUCGUUGGAUCAAUCUUUGAUGUUCGCUUUGCCAGCAGCCAAAGCUGAAGCAGCUACCAAGGCUGCUGCCAAGGCAGCAGCAAGGGCGCAAGCCAAGAGUCAUGCCAAGGAAAAGAAGGCUAUUGUCGCUGAUAUCACCAGAAUGCAGUCAAUAGUUCAAGGGCUACUCAGCAGUUCCAUUGAAGACAACGAGGCUGUUGAAAAGCUGAAGGAUUGUAAGGAGUCUGGUUGGGAGAUCAAUCAGAACGUCUUUCAGAGAGCAUUCAAAGCAGCUUUCAUGUCACACUUGAAGUACUCUGAUUGGGUUAGCUUUGAUGAGAAUGCAGAUUCAGCUGCCUCAUUGAACUCACUUCGGGAUCUAUUCUCUGAGCUGCUUUCCAGAGACUUCAUUGACUCUCGUCCCAUCAAGCUGACAGUGCAGAAGAUCAACACCAUCUUGAACCCUGCAAAGUUUGUCAGUUCUGAAGUGAAAGCUGCAUCGACCCAGCUCAAGGAAUCUGCUCAGGAAAAGAUCCAUGUUGACAAUGGUCUUGCCGCUAUCUUUUGCGGAAUUAGCCAGGGCAAGACGCUGAUUGUCAAGGCAUUGGAUGUUGCUGAACAUCAAUCAGCUGAUGACCAGAUUGUUGAUCAGUUCAACAAAGUUCUGGAAGCUUUGGAUGGCUUAUGUGAAGAAACCGAACGCUGUAAAGUUGAUACCUCAAAGAUCUUUGAUGAGCUGAAUGCAGCAGUUGAUGUGUUCAAGUCAACUUCUCGAAAAACUUGCAGUGACGCCUUGCGAACCUUUGUUGCCAAUGUAAAGGCCAAGUUUGCUGAGAAGAUCAGGUUCGCUUGCAAAGUCUAUGCCACAGAAACUGCAUUGAGUUGGUUUUCCGCAUCCUUGACGUUGCACUCAGCUCAGCCAGGGACAUGCUCACCUCUUCCAGUAACAUUUGUUGAAAAGCUUGAGAAGUUGACACAGCCGGCGUCUAGCAACAUGACUGAUGAAGAUUCAGCGCUUCUUGUUCGAGCUGUUCUUGAGCUGCAGAAGCAAAUGGUCAACAUCAACGCUUUGUUCUCCAAGUCGGCCGGUGGAUCAAUGAACAUUGUGGACAUCUUCAACUGCUCCAAAGGGUUCACAACGUAUGUGAAUGAGUAUUGCUCUACAAUGUCUUCCAUUGAUUCCAAAUUUGUCAAGACAUUUGACUCAUUUGGAGAGAUUCUCGCAUCCAUGAGUGGCUCCAAGCUUCAACAUGAACUUCAUGAACAGAAGCAAGUUCUUGGAAAGCUUUUGGCAAAGGCCAUCAAGACGAAACUAAAACUAGUUUAA